UGACUUUCGUUCGUGACGCGAUGCUGGUCAACAACAGCUGCUUUGCCAGAAACCAAGUGGCUGUAAGUAACGUUAGUCGGCGAUGUGACGUGCACGUCAACCAGCCCGUGUGAGGUUUAAAAGUUGUGUCCACCGCUCGUCCAUGGUGUUGCUGUGAGCAGUGCUGCCGCGUCUGAAGAGGAGCACCAUGGCAAUGUGGAUCCAGGCCCAGCAGCUGCAGGGCGAGGCACUGCACCAGAUGCAGGCGCUGUACGGCCAGCACUUCCCCAUCGAGGUGCGACACUACCUGGCCCAGUGGAUUGAAUGCCAGCUCUGGGAUUCGGUGGAGUUGGACAACCCAUCGGAGGAAGCCAAAGCCAAGCGUCUGCUGGAAAACCUGGUGGCCGAACUCCAGAAGAAAGCCCAGCUACAGGGAGGAGAGGAUGGCUUUCUGCUCAAGAUCAAGCUAGGCCACUAUGCCAACCAGCUCAAGAGCACUUAUGACCGCUGUCCUUUGGAGCUGGUGCGCUGCAUUAAACACAUCCUGCACUCAGAGCAACGGCUUGUUCAAGAAGCUACAAAUGCCAGCUCUGGGAGCGGGGUGCAGGCCAUGGACAGCCUGUCGCAGCGCCACCAGCAGAUCAACCAGUCCUUUGAAGAGCUCCGUCUGGCCACGCAGGAGACAGAGAAUGAACUGAGGAAGCUGCAGCACAGCCAGGAGUACUUCAUUAUCCAGUACCAGGAGAACCUGCGCAUCCAGGCCCAGCUGAGCAGCCUGUCGUCACUGCCUCAAGCUGAGCGCACCCAGCGGGAGACAACCCUCCAGAGUAAGAGGACCACUGUGGAGGCCUGGCUCACCAGAGAGGCCAGCACAUUACAGAAAUACAGGCUUGACCUGUCGGAACAACACCAGAAAACCCUGGUCGUGCUGAGGAAGCAGCAGACUCUGAUCCUGGAUGAGGAACUCAUCCAGUGGAAGAGGAGGCAGCAGCUGGCUGGCAACGGGGGUCCUCAUGAGGGGGGACUGGAUGUCCUGCAGUCCUGGUGUGAGAAGCUGGCUGACCUCAUCUGGCAGAACCGGCAGCAGAUCCGACGCUGUGAACAUCUCACCCAGCAGCUGCCACUGCCAGGCCCCAUGGAAGAGCUGCUGAGCAAACUGAAUGCCGACAUCACCGACAUCAUCUCUGCCCUGGUUACUAGUACCUUCAUCAUUGAAAAGCAGCCACCCCAGGUGUUGAAGACCCAGACCAAGUUUGCAGCCACGGUGCGCCUCCUGGUGGGCGGGAAGCUCAACGUCCACAUGAAUCCACCUCAGGUCAAGGCUGUCAUUGUUAGCGAGCAGCAGGCCAAAGCUCUGCUGAAGAAUGAGAGCACACACAGUGAAAGCAGUGGAGAUAUCCUGAACAACAACUGUGUAAUGGAGUAUCAGCAGGCCACUGGCACCCUUAGUGCACACUUUAGAAACAUGUCACUGAAGAGGAUCAAGCGGUCGGACCGUCGAGGUGCAGAGUCGGUGACGGAGGAGAAGUUUACAGUUCUGUUUGAAUCGCAGUUCAGUGUCGGGGGCAACGAGCUGGUCUUCCAUGUCAAAACCUUAUCUCUGCCUGUGGUAGUGAUCGUCCACGGCAGUCAGGACAACAAUGCCACAGCCACGGUCCUGUGGGACAAUGCCUUUUCUGAGCCGGGCAGGGUGCCGUUCACCGUGCCAGACAAGGUGCUGUGGCCCCAGCUGUGUGACACCCUUGAUAUGAAAUACAAGGCAGAGAUGCACAGUGGACGUGGCCUGUCGGAGGACAACAUGGUCUUCCUGGCACAGAAAGCUUUCACAAGCAGCAGCAACAACCCAGAGGACUCCCGCAACAUGACCAUAUCCUGGGCCCAGUUCAACCGGGAGAGCUUACCGGGACGAAACUUCACCUUCUGGCAAUGGUUUGAUGGAGUUGUGGAGCUCAUGAAGAAACAUCUCAAGCCUCACUGGAAUGAUGGGGCCAUCCUAGGCUUCGUUAACAAGCAGCAAGCACAAGAUAUGCUGAUGUCCAAACCCAACGGCACCUUCCUGCUGAGAUUCAGCGACUCCGAGAUCGGAGGCAUCACCAUCGCCUGGGUGGCUGAGAACCCCAACAAGCCAGGUGAAAGGCUGGUCUGGAAUCUGUUGCCCUAUACAACCAAGGACUUCUCCAUUCGUUCCCUGGCUGACCGCAUCAGUGACCUGAACCACCUUCUGUUUCUCUACCCCGACCGGCCCAAAGACGAGGUCUUCUCCAAGUACUACACCCCUCUGCUCUCAAAAGCCGUGGACGGAUAUGUGAAACCACAGAUCAAACAAGUUGUGCCAGAAUUCACCACCCCGAACCCUGAACCCAGUGGAGGAACUUCUACAUUCAUGGACCACACGGCUUCUCCCUCCGUGAGCCUCCCAAACAACUUUGGCGUCUACCCUUCUAUGAGUGACACCAUUUUGGACGCAGAUGGAGACUUUGACCUGGAGGACACGAUGGACGUGGCCCGCCAUGUGGAGGAGCUGCUCCGCAGGCCUAUGGCCAACCAGUGGAGCAGCCAGCAGUCCUGAACCUGCCGAACACCUUCAGGUCUCCUCCAUCCUAUCCAACAGAAACACCCAGAAACUGCAACUUUAAUGCUGAAAAAAUGUAAUCUCUUCUCUAUUAGUGGGAAUCAUUUUUAUUAGUAUCUAGUAAAUCCAGAAAAUUUCUUCUGAAUUCAAGUGAGACUAUGUAACUUUUGUGAGCCUGUGUGACCACAGGUGGUAUUUACAAGAUAAUAGCAAGUUCAAUUUGUCUUAAUUUCCCAAGAUUGUCUUGAGUCAGUGGCCAGCUAAGCUACUGACUCAUCAGGGAAGCUGACUUAGUGGGUGGACUGGGACAACGAUGUUGCAUUGAAGCUGUUGCUCUGUCAGUAGUUUAGCUGUGGCUUAAACCCUAAAUCAGGAUUAAACCUGUGUUGUUGUUUGGUCUAAACCCAGCUGCUGUGUCCUAUGGAGGCUCAACUUAAACCUGGUUUAACAGAAACUUUUUUGACCACCAGCAGUACUUGUGUUUUAAUAAAUGGGACCCCAAUGCACAGUUCUGUUCAUGUUGUAGCGCUUUGAAACUGAUCAUAGAAAUGCACUGGCAAAGGUGGGACAGAAGAAGAGUGCUGCCGUGCCAGCAACUCAACAUGCAGGUUACCGAUGCACGUUAAACAUGUUAUGAGGAAAUGCAUUCAACACAUUAGUUGGGUCUCGGUUAUGCACACAGCGUUUCGUUGAGUAACCCUGAACGUAGAGAGAAAAUUUGUUUACGUUUCUAAUAAAAAUACACUGAUACAUUAUUUUGUGACAAUCAAAACUUUCACAAAACACUGGAGACCGUUUCAGUGGUGCGCAAGAAAUAAACUGAGCUGAACUGUAAAAUAACUCGUCGAAGCAGCGUUAUGCUGAGAGAAUCUUAAUCAACGUCACAUCAGCCGGGUGCAGCUGAGCACACAGCUGGGUUUUAAACACGCAGCAAGUUCUGGUUGAGCUGAACCCGUUUUAAGCUAAGCUAGUCAGGUCAGUCUAGCUAGGUGACACGGCAGCAGCUUUAAGUCAAACCGUGUGUGUGUGUGUGUGUGUGUGUGUGUGUGUGUGUGUGUGUGUGUGUGUGUGUGUGUGUGUGUGUGUGUGUGUGUGUGUGUGUGUGUGUGUGUGUGUGUGUGUGUGUGUGUGUGUGUGUGUGUGUGUGUGUGUGUGUGUGUGUGUGUGUGUGUGUGUGUGUGUGUGUGUGUGUGUGUGUGUGUGUGUGUGUGUGUGUGUGUGGUGUGUGUGUGUGUGUGUGUGUGUGUGUGUGUGUGUGUGUGUGUGUGUGUGUGUGUGUGUGUGUGUGUGUGUGUGUGUGUGUGUGUGUGUGUGUGUGUGUGUGUGUGUGUGUGUGUGUGUGUGUGUGUGUGUGUGUGUGUGUGUGUGUGUGUGUGUGUGAAAGGUUACAUAGUCUGGUUUCAAGAAUUUCAGGAAUUCUAAAUCUGUCACCACGGUUUGGUUCUUUUUUGUAUAUUUUAAAUAUUUUAUAUUGCAGCCUUUCUCAGAUGUUCUGGUACUACAGUGCCUUAAAGCAACAUGUUCAAAUGGUCAUAGUUUGGUCUCAUGAAGUCAAUAAGUUCCAAUUUAUUUCACUCUUUCACAGUCUGUUUAUUUUAAUUUUUUUUAUUCUUGUCAGAUUGAAUUUUUAAUACAAAUGUUGGUUUAUUAUAAUAA